UUCGCGAUGUCUCUUGACUUCCUGCGCUUCUCUUCCAACAUCAGCAUUUUGGCAUCAUUUUCCGUGGGGCCAUGGGCGGCAGCAACGCGAUGCGUUGGCGCUGGCGGAGUCCUCGCUGGGGCUACAAUUUCUGGGUCGUGUUGCUGCUGAAUCUGUUGGGGAGUCUCGUCCGCCAGCCAGGCAGACUCCGGGAGCUUGCCUUCGGGACUGCCUUCGUGGAGCCGGCUGGGCUCAUGCGGACGGCCGCAGCCUGUGUCUUCAGCGCCCCGCACCGUCAAACCGAUGCUCAUGACGGCCUGAUUGGAUGAGGGACCAUGCUCGAACAUAUUGGGGAAUGUUGAGGUUUCACCGCUGUGGUCGCCGCCACCUUCGGACCUCGGCCAGAUGUUGCAGGCAGCCAGCUGAUGUGCUUCAGGAUCUGGUGGAGUAUCGCAGUGCUCACGGCGUGCUGGACAUACCUGCGGAUUAUGUCACCGCCGAUGGGUUCCCCCUGGGGGAGUGGGCGGAUAAUCAGAGGAAAUUGUACGGUGGCGAGAACAUGUCCGACGAACAGUUCAAGUUGCUGAACGAUUUGGGCUUCGUGUGGGACCUCGGAGCUGCUGCUUGGGCGGACGCCUUCAAGGACUUCGAGGCCCAGCGGAGGCGCACCCCCGAUGCGAGAGAGCUGGCGCCGAGCCGUUCCUUCACCGACGCCUGGGUCGCCCCUGCACCGGUGGCUCGCCGAGCAGUGCGCGCUGCGACUGGAGGGCCAGCGCGAGCCCCAGCCUCGUCACCGGCGGCUGUGCGACGUCGGAUUCGACUGGCUCCUCUCCAGCUCCGAGGAGGAGGAGCGCGUCGGCGGGGGCCGCGGAUCUCCUUCCUGGCGCAAGCUGGGCUGACGCCACGGCUCCACUACGACCGCCGGCAGGUCGCUCGCGGGGGCGCAAAGUGA